AUGUUUUCUGGUAAAACAAUUUGUGUCAUUGCUUGUCUCUCCUCAAUAGCUCAGAUAAAUGCAUCACCAAUAUACUACUAUAAGCAGGAAGCCGAUAAAAAUUCCAAUGACACGGAGAUCGUGAAAAGAGACCCAAGUUUACUCUCUGGAUUGACCUCUGGAUUGUCCAAAAUCAAUUGGAAGCAUGCCGGAGCUGCUGCUGCUGCUGGUGCUGGGGUUGCUCUUGGAGGAGAAUACUUAUUGAAGCAUAGAUCCUCAGCUGCCGCAGCAUCGAAAAGUUCUGCUGCUGCUGCUGGUGCUGCUGCUACUGGGGUUGCUACUGCUGCUACUGCCGGUGCAACCGCCACAGCCGAAGCUGCUAUUCCGACCAUCACUGAAUACGUUACUGCUGCUGCUGCCCCAGUGGCCACCCAGGUGGUGGCUGCCCAACAGUCCAAUGCUGUCGAGCAAGGGUCAGGAAUCCAACAAGUGACGGGGGUAGCGGGACUCCAGCAAUUGGUUCCUACCAGUAUAACAUACUUGACAAGUGCAUCAUCUACCACCACAGUACAGAUGGUGACCUUGUCUACCACGGUGAUCGAUAGCCAUUGA